GACGCUGUGCUUCCAAAGUUAGUCGCUCCCUCCCCUCCUUCGCCUGGUGUCUUUGGGGCUUUCUACCCGCUCUUGGGGCUACCAGGAAGAGGAAGGAAGCUACUGGUGGGUUUCCCUAGUGCAGCUUCGGAUCCCUGAGAACUUCGAAUCCGUCUCGGCCGCUGGGCCGGCCAGCCAGCCGAAAGAGGUUUACUCGGCGGAGGCCAAUGUCUGCCGCUCUUCCUCUGAAGUAUGAAGAUGUUGGAGGAGCAGCUCUUAGCUCCGGACUGCCUUCCUUCAGACCAGGCAUCAGCAUCAGCCCAUCUCUCUCCCCAGGUCUCCCUGAUGGAUAAAAAUACCGACCCUGAACUGAUGCCACCCACACCCGAUGGGGAUGGUCUGCCCCGUAUGUCUCCCGUUCCUGUGGCUGGCUCAGCUGUGUCCCAGGAGCUGGGGGAAGGGGACCCAGCUUCUCUCUCCACUCCUCUGGAAACAGAGUCUGGUACUCCUAGUGAAUUGAGUCCUCGAAUCGGGAAGCAAGAACUUUCUGAAAAUGUAAGCCUUCCUGCAGAAGAAACAAACGGGCCAGAGUUGGAGUCUGGAGAAGCCCUGGAGGGUGUGUCUGAGGAAGCUGCUCCUGAGGAUGAGAGAUACACCACUUGGAACUACAGUUUCUCCCAGUUACCUCGAUUUCUCAGUGGUUCCUGGUCAGAGUUCAGCACCCAACCUGAGAACUUCUUGAAAGGCUGUAAGUGGGCCCCUGAUGGUUCCUGCAUCUUGACUAAUAGUGCUGAUAACAUCCUGCGGAUCUAUAACCUACCCCCAGAGCUUUACAAUGAGGAGGAGCAAGUAGAAUAUGCAGAAAUGGCUCCUGUCCUUCGAAUGGUGGAAGGUGAUACCAUCUAUGAUUACUGCUGGUAUUCUCUGAUGUCCUCAACACAGCCAGACACCUCCUACGUGGCCAGUAGCAGCCGAGAGAACCCGAUUCACAUCUGGGAUGCAUUCAAUGGAGAGCUCCGGGCUUCCUUUCGCUCCUACAACCACCUGGAUGAGCUGACAGCAGCUCAUUCACUCUGCUUCUCCCCGGAUGGCUCCCAACUCUUCUGUGGGUUCAACCGGACUGUGCGUGUCUUCUCCACAUCCCGGCCCGGCCGAGACUGUGAGGUCCGAGCCACGUUUGCGAAAAAGCAGGGCCAGAAUGGCAUCAUCUCCUGCAUAGCCUUCAGCCCAACCCAGCCCCUCUAUGCCUGUGGCUCCUAUGGCCGCUCCCUGGGUCUGUAUGCCUGGGAUGAUGGCUCCCCUCUUGCCUUGCUGGGAGGGCAUCAAGGAGGCAUCACCCACCUCUGCUUUCACCCUGAUGGCAACCGGUUCUUCUCAGGAGCCCGCAAGGAUGCUGAGCUUCUGUGCUGGGAUCUCCGACAGCCUGGUCACCCACUGUGGUCUCUGAGUCGAGAAGUGACCACCAAUCAGCGCAUCUACUUCGAUCUGGAUCCGAUUGGGCAUUUCCUAGUGAGUGGCAGCACUACUGGGGCUGUGUCUGUGUGGGACACCAGCGGGGCUGGGGACGAUGGGAAGCCAGAACCAGUGCUGAGCUUUCUGCCUCAAAAGGACUGCACCAACGGAGUGAGCCUGCAUCCUAGCCUGCCUCUGCUGGCCACUGCUUCUGGUCAGCGUGUGUUUCCAGAACCCACAGAGAGUGGAGACGAAGGGGAGCAGGAGCUGGACCUUCCCUUGUUCUCCAUGCGCCAAGUCCACCUUGAAUGUUGCCUUCAACUCUGGUGGUGUGUGGGGGGUGCAAAUAGCAGUGUCCCUGAUGAUCACCAUGUGGAGGAGGGACAAGGAGGGGUUGGGGGAGGUGAAGAUGGGCUUAUAUAAAGAGGUUUUAUGAUA